CUUCAAGCUUGUGGCAUUUUCUACGACCGUUUUGUCCUACUUCUAAGCGUACCUGGCAAUCUUUUCCUCAACGGCAAAGCAGGAUCUUUCGAAUUCAAAAAAAUACAGAGAGAACGAAGAGGAAGAGUGGGACACAGCCACAAAGGUAGACGAAAGAGAGGGUCAGCCUGCUCUUCUCCAUCUCUUCUGCAAAGGUAGCUAGCAGGGAACAUGCUCUACUCGCAUGUUCUUCUCUCGAAGAAGGGGCAUUUAGGGAAUAUUUGGAUUGCUGCCCAUUGCCAUAAACGCCUCAAUAAAUCCCAAGUUAUCCAGACCAACAUCUCUCAUUCAAUAGAUAAAAUUCUGCUAGAUGAAGUACCUGUAGUCACUUAUAGGGUUUUGGGCCACCUUCUUGUGGGCAUUGUAAGGAUAUAUUCAAAGAAAGUUGAAUAUCUCUUCCAUGACUGCCACAAGGUGCUGGCUGAGUUUGGUGAUUUUUCAAAUGGAAAGAGUCCAAAACCAAUGUCCAGAGCGGCACACCCAUCUCACUACUCAAUCUCUAUCCCGGAGAGUUUUGAACUUGACGCUUUUGAGUUGGGAGUUCUGGAUGAUCAAGACAGAUGCGGUGUUCAUGUAAGACCAGAUGAAGAUAUCAUGCUUUCAGAUGCAUGGAAGAGCGAUCGCUUUAGGCUUGGCUUAUCUGAGAAGUAUCAUGGUCAAGUAGAGAUUUCUCGAUCUCCAGCAUAUUCCCCAAAUCUCACUCCACUCAGAGAUUUAAGUUCAGCUUACUUUGCUGAGCGUGAUGUCAAUGGUGGCUCAACAAGUAAUGAAGCCAUGGAAAAGCAUUGUUUGACAAGGAUCUCUUUGGAAGAGCGAUUAGAACCUCUGACUUUUGAAGGGAUCAAGAGUAAAAUGCAAAAUGAUCCGGAGGAUUCUAAUGAAACUCAAACUGGUGAUGAGCAAACACCACAUCUGGGCUCUGAUAUUUACAACCGUAAAGAAAUCAAGGAAAACUGUCUAUUUAGAUUAGAAGAUUGUUUGGAGCCUAUGAUAAUUGACGACGAAGAUGUUGACGAAGCCGCCUUUGCUCGGGAGCAAAUAAAACAUUCUGAGACCAACGUGCCUGUAAGUGGCAUGGAACGUCUUGAUGAAUCUUCAUAUAAAAAGCCGUCUGGGGAUGUGGGACAGAUUAAUAUGCCAGAAAUGCCUUCCUCGAACAGCGGAGAACAUCAAUCUUCAGAAAAUCACCAGGCCUCCCUUUGUGUUGAUGUGACCCCAGAUUCUAAAUGUCCUGCCAAUUCAUCAAUGGAUGUGAUGUCUGUUCGGACUCCAGCCACUAAGGAGCAACCAAGGGCUUUGAAGAAACGGAAGUGUAUAUUUGAUAAUCCUAUUGUGAUCUCUAAUAAAGAGUAUAAGUCUUGGCUAGAUAACCCAGACGACUUGGUAUGCAAAAGAAGAAAAGCGCCUCACAGUCCAUUGUUUGCCUGGAAAUAUGAGAAGCUCUCCUCUCUUCCUGGAAGUCUUUUGGAGCCUCUGAUUCCAUGCAGUGCUUUGGUGGACACUGGUAUUUUAGUUCACAGGAUGGCAGUGAAUAAGACUGUGCCAGAUGAUGGUGUGGAAACACCUGAGAUGAAUGGUGGUACACCGCCAGUAUCUCCAGCCUCCAAACAUAGAUCCCAGUGCGAGCAAACUCCAAUUGCUCCUUCAACACCAGUAGCCAUUUCAGUCCCAUGUAGAUUCCACGAGGUACAAGGAAGUGAGGAACUGGACAUAAUGGAGCCUCCAACCUCAGUUAAAAGUAUGUUGCAAAAGGUUGCAUGUGAAACUGAGGAUUUUGAGCUGGGUAUUGAUUUGAUGGAUGAGGAAACAAGUUCAGUUCAAGGGGACAUCCCAGAGAAAUACAGAUGUCAUUCGAGAACAAGAAAGGUUGCAAUGUUUCUGCUUAGACACUUUUCAGUUCGAAAAGGUGAAGCUGUUAAGUUGUCAUGUGCACUUGAAGGAAAAACCAAAACAGAAAGCGCAAAAGUGUUCUUUGAGAUAUUGGUUUUAAAAACAGGAGGUUGGAUAGACGUGCGGCAGGAUAAUGAGUCGGGUGACGUUUGUGUGCUUCAAUCUCCCAAACUGAAUCCAGACACUUUUGCAGCUUAGGAGGUAGUCACCAAUAUUUGGACCAGUUGAUUCAAUCUCUUCAGUUGAUUCAAUCUCUCUCACGUUAGGGAAGCAGCAUAGGGCAGUGUAGUAAUAGAAGUAGUAUUGUAUCAUUUGGUAUAUUUUCCGGCAUACCAAAAGGGGAAAAA